UUUUAUGAGUUUCUAAAGACGUCCAGGAUGUUCUUCCUGUGUCUGUCUCUGCUCUCUGCUGCUGCUUUUCUACAAAGCAGUGUCUCAGCAGAUGAAGUAGUGUCACUGAACUGCAGUGAAGCAGUGGAAGUUGCAGCUGGAGGAACUGUGACACUGACCUGCUCUAUACAUUAUCAGGAUGUGGAAGGCUGUAAAGUUCUACAUUCUGCCUGGCAUAACACAAGCAGCAUUAUACCAUGUGGCAGUGGUUCAGGAGAAUACAUCUGUGAUUCAGACCAUCAGACUUAUGUGUCUCUGAUCAUCUCUAAUGUCAUGAAGGAGGAAAAUUACACAGCUGCAGUGAUAACAGACUGUGGUAUGGCUUUAUCAUUUCCUAUCAACGUACAAGUUACAAGUUACUCCAACUCCAGCAGCAGCCAUGUUGAUAAUGAGGCUCUGUCUGAUACCGUCACACCAGGACCUGAGAAGGUCACCAGCGUUGCCACCAUAUCGAGUAUUUGUGUCGCCGUCAUUGUUGCUGCCAUUUUGUUUUUCCUGUUGGGGACGGACAAAGGCAGAAAUCUCAUCAAACACUUCAUGAAGGAGAAGAUUCAAAGAGACGACAGUGAUACAGUCUCUGAAAGUAGUAAACGUUUUGAGCUUGACUUUUAAUCUCUGAGGUCUUUGUACAGACUGAGCCAUGUGAAUGUAAUGAUUUGUAUUUGUACAUAUUGAUCAGUGUAAAUCUGAUGAUUUGAUCAGCGGGUCACAGAGGUCUGAUAAACUCACUUCUGUCUCACCUGAGGACGGUUACUGUCUACAGGUUUAUAUAGGCUAUAUAGUUAUAUAGGUUGAUAAUUUGUAUUGUAAUCUGUUGCACUUUCAUAAACGUGUGGACCUGAACGUGACACAUUAAAGAAUGAUGAAAAUCA